AUGACUGUUCCAGAACUCUCCACAAUGGUCACUGCUACACCAACGCUGACACCUAUCCAAGAAAAAGCGAUUUUUGGGGUGGAUGUACCCCAGUACUUUGAGGUUGUCAACAAUGGAACGUCGCCGGAGGAUAUUCUGGAUUCUACACUAGCCGUGAUGAAGAAGAUCAAGGAAGGGGACAAAGAGCUCAUUAUGUCGUGGAUGAAAACAAAGGUCAUUACUAAUCAAUUUGACUACGCCAUCUUGGUAUCUCUCUUGUCACGUUAUCAACAACAAAAUCACGACGAUGCCAUUAUCACCAAUGAAUUGGUGAUGAACAAACUUUCUUCUGUUGAACUGAGGUCUCUGCCCUCAUUUUCGAAUAUCAUGGCAUGGGAUGCGCUAGAUAAUAUUUCGACCUUUUUCAGUGAAACGACAUUCAAGCUUUGCACCGAUAUGGAGUCCUUCACUAGCACAUUCAACCAGCUGGCCAAGCAUGACGGUAACUUUACUAAGACUCUCUACUUCUACUUUGCAUUCAACCAUUUCAAAACUGCCCCUUCGAUACUUGAAGCUGUGUCUUCAAAUUUUAGGUCCUUCUUAGAUUCGUCACAAAAGCAAUUAAAGUUCCCUACCGCCAACCAAACCAACGAAAAAGAGAUCGACCCACUGGUGAAGUUGGCAGUCUAUUUGGUGCAAGACAGCACACUACGGACGUAUCUGGACCUUUAUCGUAUUACUAACAAAUACAUUUACGUCACGUAUCAGAAUGUCAGGAUCAUGAAGUUGUGGUGCGUAAACUCGAUAGGACUAGGGUUGCUCGAAGAAGCAAAGGCAACAUUUCGGACUUACUUGAACUACGUGGCCGAUUACAAAAUGAAAAACAAUGAAGAAUAUUAUGAUAUUAUGGAUGUGAUCCAGACUUAUAUUCAAGUUCUUGAAAGCCUGUCGUCCAAUAUGAAAUCAAAUGAAGAGUAUACAGAGCUAAAGAAGUGGUUUAGAGAGGUACAAGAUAUCAUGGAAAUUUUCAGAGCCGUUAUUGGCAAUGAUAUUGCAGUUUUCAACGAUCCUUUGAGAGCUAUUCUAGCUAACGCAUAUUCUUCACUUGCCAAAAUUUAUGAGAACUUUUUGAGAAUGGAAUCCAGCCCUUUCCUCAAGAUCAACGAUCUUCUUGUGAUUGCCGGUCAUGCCGUCGAAACCUUGAGCCGCCAAAACACCGAGCUUAAACUGGAUCCGUCCAAGAUUUCUGACAUUUACUACACAUAUUCAUUCUACCUACAUAAGAGUGGGAACCAUGAGCAAGCGCUUAAGUACUCUAAGCACGCCAUGAAAUACUCGCCUGAUAAUAUCAAGUACAUCAACUACUACGUGAAGUUGUUGUCAAACGAUGAGGAAAAUUUUGAUAACUCCCUAUUGAUUUCCCAGCAAGUGAUUGAGAACUUGACGGAGUUAAUUUCCACCGAGGAUUGCUUGAAGUGGUCAGCACGAAAGAAACGCCAUGCAUUAGAGGCUUACCUCAUUUUUUUGACCUUGUUAGGUGACGCUGCAAUAGAUGCGUUAGCUCCUUUCUUUGCGUUUGUCAAUAAAUUAUUUGGAAAUCAGCACAGCGUCAAUAAUGGAACAGUUGAAGGGCGUAAUACGAACACCAAGAAUACCAGCAACUCCAGAGGAGGCAACAGAACUGCAACGGGCGGCGCUGCUGAUGAUGGUUGUGCGCCAUGCACGCCGAACUCUACCGCCUCGCUGUCAAGCAAUCCCUCUAUGAAGGAGAAGAAGCUCAAAGCAUUGUUGAAUCCGUUGAAGCUCAGAUCCCACGAUCAUCAGGACAUUGACGGCGCUGCCCUGAAGUCGGCCGCCUCGCCUAAGAAGCUUGGGCAAACUCUCCGCAAAUCUUUGCAAGUGAACAGGUUAAACCACAGCAACAGUAAAAGGGAGCUGGGGCAGAAAACCAACGGCGUCUCCAAAACUACGAAUUACGGGUCCCUCACACCGAAGGAAGUCACUCUCUUGCGCACAAUGUGGCUCACUCUAUCGAGAAUCUUCCAGUCAGUAGGGGAUGUAGAAACAGCACUUCAAUGUGUCGACGAAGCAGACAGCUACUCAAUUCCAUCUAUGAUGCUUUCGACCAAGAACAGCAGAAACAAAAACGCAGCAAAUUACCACGAAGACGUCACCGAGGAACAAAUCCACCGGGCAGCUAUUGAGGCACGCCGCGGGUGCAUUUACGCCGGAAGCGAAUCGCCUGAACUGAGAGAAAUGGGCAAGACCUCUCUUUUGGAAGCUAUCAGUAUCGUUGAGGCUGCCGGUGGUGUCAGACAAUGGCCACAGAACGAAACUAUCACCGCCGCAGAGACGAUUCUGGGUCUCACGCAGCUCUCUCUCAAGGUGCUAGAGGGCGUUUUCGAAAGCAAGCACACGCACGAGUACACUACUUGUCUGGCCCGCUGCAGAAAGCAUCUAGAACUCCUACUGGCUACCGUCAGCUGGGGUGACGAUGCUCGUGGCUGGUUGGUUCUUGGUGAGGUGUAUGGUCAGAAAUACAUGCUUACCCACGACAGCGAGAAUGUUGCAGUGGCCCAACUCGGCGUGAUGGAAGAGAAAUGUGUGCUGCAAGGGGUGCACGGAUGGCACGGUCUUCAAAUUUUGUAA